AUGAUAGACGCAUUUGUCAAGUUGGUUUAUCAACUACUGUUAUUACCAACAGAAAUAAUCGAUUUCAUUUACCAACAGCUACUUGAUUGUCACAUACACGCAUUUCUUGACUUUGACCGUUUAUUUCGAUAUACUGUGCAACGUCUUUUCAAUAACAAGGUAGUUGUUGCAAGUCUUGAAAAUAAUAUUUGUGAGAAACAAAAGGAUUCCAAGGGAAAUGGUUGUUGCACUCAUUGCAUAUCCCCUUCAACAUUGUUAGAUUUAAUCAAAAAAACAGCAAUUUUGCCAAAACACAUCAAUUUUAUAGAAUUGUGCCAGUUUAAUGAGUUCUUUUGUAACCAUUUUGAAGUGCUUGAUAGAGCCAGUAAAAUCGAUUUGUUUAUUCCUUGCAAUACCGCAUAUGUUGAACUAGCCAAGUAUUUGGAGAACGUUUCAUCUGAUUUGGGGAAACGGUUAAAUAUUGAUGCCUUAAUUUUGGAUACAAUAGAUUCAACAGAUUUCAUAGUCCCUUCUUCCGUUACUAAAUUUGAAUUUAAAGAUGAGGCAGCUUACGACUUGAAUUUCUUCAAACAAAUGAAAAUGUUGCAGGAGCUAGCAAUUGGCGGUGAUUCAUCCAUGCCUUUAAAAGUGUUUGAGAACCUACCUCAAACAUUAACUAGUUUGAAUAUACCGGAAUUGGAACCUUUAUCAAUGCCUCUUGUUAAUAUUCCAAGAAACUUGAAAAAAUUGACCUUAUCUUAUAGUGAUUCUGAAACAGAGGACGAUCGUCAGUUUCACUCGGAUACCAUUGCCAAAGCCAAAUUUGAGCAAUUAACCGAAUUGGAAGUCAGAGGUGUUUCAUUCCUUAGUCUAGCGCAAUUGAAUGCCUUUAAGAACUUGAGGCAAUUGAAAAUGACAAUUCCAUAUAAUGGCAAUCCAUCAUCGUCAUCAUUAUCAUCAUCGGAGAUGGAGAUGGAAUAUCUCAAACAAUGCAUUUUCUUGGAGAAUUUCUCCUUAACUAGCAUUUAUUUCCCAACAAAGCUCUUUUCAAAGGAGUUUGAGUUUCCGAAUUUGCGGAAAUUCUGUUACAGCAUUGGCAAUUUCAAAGAAACAGAAAUGGAAAUGGAAAUGGAAAUGGAACGGAAAACACACGUUGCAUUAUAUUUUCCAAAAAAGCUACAACUGCUCAGUUUUGAAUGGAACCAAUAUCUAGAAUUGAAUAUGGAAGAAUUUUCAUUACCAAGCAAUAUGAAUGAACUUAUCUUUAAGGGAAAACUUGCUUAUUGUAAUAUUGAACAGUUGAAGAUUCCCAUAAAUUUGAAGAUAUUUAAACUCGACACUGAGACUAGCGACACUGAGACUAGCGACACUGAGACUAGCGACACUAUCGAGCGAAGCGAGCUAGUGGAGCAGUACUGA